AUGUUACACUUCCUGGUGUUCGCUUCCCUGGUCCUGUGUGGACACAGCACCCAGGACUUUCCAGAAACUAACGCACGGGUGGUUGGAGGGGCUGAGGCCCGGAGGAACUCUUGGCCAUCUCAGAUUUCCCUCCAGUACCGUUCUGGAGGGCUGUGGUACCACACCUGUGGAGGAACCCUCAUCCGACGCAACUGGGUGAUGACCGCCGCUCACUGUGUGGACAGCCCGAAGACUUUCCGUGUGGCUGUUGGAGAUCACAACCUGAGCCAGAACGACGGCACGGAGCAGUACGUGAGCGUGCAGAAGGUCGUGGUGCACCCCAGCUGGAACAAGGACAACGUGGCUGCAGGCUAUGACAUCGCCCUGCUGCGCUUGGCCCAGAGUGUCACACUCAAUAACUACAUCCAGCUGGGGGUUCUGCCCCAGGAGGGAACCACCCUGGCAAACAACACUCCCUGCUACAUCACAGGCUGGGGAAAGACCAAAACCAACGGGCAGCUGUCUCAGACCCUGCAGCAGGCAUACCUGCCCAGCGUGGACUAUGCCAUCUGCUCCAGCUCCUCUUACUGGGGCUCCACAGUGAAGAGGACCAUGGUGUGUGCUGGGGGAGACGGGGUUCGCUCGGGAUGCCAGGGUGACUCUGGAGGUCCCCUCCACUGCUUGGUGAAUGGCCAGUAUUCUGUCCAUGGAGUGACCAGCUUUGUGUCCAAGCUGGGCUGUAACGUCUCUAAGAAGCCCACAGUCUUCACGAGAGUCUCUGCUUACAUCUCCUGGAUGAAUAAUGUCAUAGCCUCCAAUUGAACAUUUUCCUGAGUCAAGAUAGAGUCAACAUUUGCCUUCCCAAGAUGGUUCUUAGCUCUGCGAUAAGACUUGAAGUCAGCAGGAAGA